AACACUAAUCUCCUGCGACAGAACCAAAGAAGUUGAUUCGGCCAUGUCUGGGAGGGGAAAGGGUGGUAAGGGGCUCGGCAAGGGUGGGGCUAAGCGCCACCGAAAGGUUCUCCGCGACAACAUUCAGGGCAUUACUAAGCCAGCUAUUCGCCGCCUAGCUCGCCGUGGUGGGGUUAAGCGCAUAAGCGGUCUGAUCUAUGAGGAGACACGAGGAGUGCUGAAGAUCUUUCUCGAGAACGUUAUUCGUGAUGCUGUAACGUAUACUGAACAUGCUCGCCGUAAGACCGUGACCGCCAUGGACGUUGUGUACGCUCUCAAGCGCCAGGGUCGUACUCUUUAUGGAUUUGGAGGUUGAUUUUCUCUCUAUGUUGUUUUCUGCUAUUUGUUACUUUAUGCGGUAUGGGAUCUAGGGUUUGUGUUUGCGUUGGGGAUUAGAAGGCAUGGGCGUUCUGAGAUGUAAAAAUUUAUUUGCUUUCUGUUGUUGAAGUUUUAGAUUUAGUUGGGGCUAAAAACUUUGUAUUUCUUGGUUACAUAAUGGUUACUGUCGGUUGAAUCAUAAAGUUUGUUUUUUGGAAA